CGGGGCGGUGCAGUCAUGCGGGUGGGCAGCUGGGUGAGGGGUGUCCCGCAUCGCGUCACGCUGUGCGGGGCCACGGAGCGGCGCUGCCGGCGGCUGCUGGCGGAGGGGGCGGCGGGGGGAGGCGGGGAGGCGGGGGCUGCCGUGCUGGUGCCGCUGUGCUCCGUGCGGGGCCGCCCCGCUCUGCUCUAUACGCUGCGCUGCAGCCGGCUGCGAGGGCCCUACGGCGGCGAUGUGAGCUUCCCCGGGGGGAAACGGGAGGCGACGGACAGUGGAGCGGAGGGCACCGCGCUGCGAGAGGCUCGGGAGGAGCUGGGGCUGAACCUGCGGGAGGACAGAGUAUGGGGGCGGCUGCGAGGGCUGCCCGAGAGGCAAGGGAUGCUCGUGGUCCCCGUGGUGGCCAACCUGGGACCCCUGGAGGACCUGACACUGUCCCCAAACCCUGAUGAGGUGGCUGAGGUCUUCACUCUGCCUCUGGAGCACCUCCUGCAGGAAGAGAACCAGGGCUACACCCAUUUCCGCACUGCGGGUCGUUACGGCUACACUCUGCCCGUCUUCCUCAACGGCCCCCACCGCAUCUGGGGGCUGACAGCCAUCAUCACCGAGCUGACAUUGGAGCUGCUGGCACCCGACCUGUACUGCAGGAAGACCCACGUGCCUGCCCGCGGCGUCAUUGCUCCCCAAAAAAGGGCUUGAGCUGCACUUUGGAAGGAGCCGAGGCUCUGGGGGUGAUGGAGGUAGAAAGUGUUGGGAUGGAGGGUGGCAUGGUUACACCACUGUCCACCCUCUCUGUGCCACUGGUUGAUGUUUAGAUGUGACUUUAUUAAAAAGCCAUGUUUCAAACCA